AUGUCGGAUGCACGUAACCCCCGCGGCGACAAUCUCGCUCAACCUCAGUCCAACACAUCCGUCUUCGACACAUCAUCUCCUGGUUCCAUUGAUUUCAACUUUCCCUUUGGUGGGAGUCCUCAUGGCAGCAGCAAUAGUGGUAUUGAUGCUCCGCCAGACAUUCGCUUGAGCCACAGCCAGGGUUUCCCGGGUCGAGGCUCCAUGGUCAGUUAUGUGUCAGGCAAAAUUCCCAGCCCUCAACAUCGCGCCAGUCUGGCCAGCAUCGAUUCAGCCUUUGACCAUGAUCUUUUUGGUGCCGUCGCAAUGAGUCAAUGGGCGCCCAACUCCGGCAAUCAGCCACCCAGUAAUGCAGACUCGUCACCUAGAAAACCAUCCAGCACCACUGAGCAGGAAAACAAAAAGCCGGCUGACGAGGGAAAGCCGCCAGCAUGGAGCGAGCUAAAGACGAAAGCAGGCAAAGAGAGGAAACGCUUGCCGCUCGCCUGUAUUGCUUGUCGCCGAAAGAAGAUCAGAUGUUCGGGCGAGAAGCCGGCUUGCAAACAUUGUCUGCGUGCUCGGAUACCCUGCGUCUACAAAGUCACGACCAGAAAAGCGGCGCCUCGGACGGACUACAUGGCCAUGUUGGACAAGCGACUGAAAAGGAUGGAAGACCGUGUGAUUCGAGUCAUCCCAAAGGACGAACUCCCAGAUUUGGGCGCCACUGGCCGUGGUUCAGUCCGUCCCCCUCUCCCAGGACAGGCUCCGAAAAAGGACAAAGACCAGCCCAAAAAGCGCUCCGCCGACGAGGCUUUUACACAAGAACUCAACGACUGGCGAAAUUCUCGAGAGAAAUCUACUUUGCUCGACCCUACGGCUGGACUGCGCAAACAGCGCGAAGGUGAGAACAAGCUCUUUAUCGAAGGCUCCGAGUCUCUCCCGCCGCAACACAUCCAAGAACAUCUCGCCGAAGUUUUCUUUGACUGCGUCUAUGGUCAAUCCUACCUUCUUCUGCAUAAGCCCAGUUUCAUGCGUAAAUUGAAGGCUGGAACAAUCCCACCAGUCCUUAUCUUGGCCGUGUGUGCCAUUUCUGCACGCUUCUCGACCCAUCCGCAAGUUAGCACGGAACCGGCGUUUCUCCGUGGAGAACAGUGGGCGACUCCCGCUAGACGGAUCGUGGAGAAGCGUCACUAUGAGCCCAACAUCACCAUUCUCACAGCAAUGCUUAUGUUGGGCCUCCACUACUUUGGAACCUGUGAGGGCGGAUUGUCGUGGUCGUUUGGCGGGCAGGCCAUGCGAAUGGGGUAUGCUUUGCAAUUGCACCGCGAACUCGACCACGACCCCCUCGGUCGAAACCAAAUCGCGAAUUCAAACGAGAACAAGAAAGGUCCCAAGCCACCCGAACUCUCCUUUACAGAUCGAGAAAUCCGCCGUCGAACAAUGUGGGCUUGUUACCUGAUGGACACAUUCAACUCGUCUGGUACUGAACGUCCCUCCUUCCUCAACGAAGACUACUACCAAAUCCAGCUGCCAAUCAAAGAAUCGCAUUUCCAAAUGGAGGUGCCCGGUCCCACGGAAGAUUUGUACGGCAACGUCCCCAUGUCCAACAGUAAAUCAUCGCUCGAUAACACUGCGGGAGACGCCGCCGCAGAGGCAAAAUCAAACAUGGGGGUCGCAGCGUACAUCGUCCGUGCCGUGGUCCUCUGGAAACGCAUCGUCAAGUAUCUCAAUCUAGGGGGUAAGGAGAAAGAUCCGCAUCCUAUAUGGGACCCCUUAUCACAAUUCGCCACUUUACAACGGCAAAUCUCGCAGUUGAAAUCGUCCCUUCCGGACGACAUAACCUACACCUCAGAAAACUUCGCUACACACAUCUCCGAACGUCUCGCGAACCAAUAUCUCUUUCUUCAUAUCGUCCUCGCGCAAACCUCCCUCUUUCUCCACCGCUUCGCUAUCCCUACACAACCCAGCCACAGACCCCAUCAUCACUAUUACACCCAACAAGGCAUGCCCAAAGCUUUCCUCACAACUUCGGCCAACAUUGUCCUCGAAUCCGCUUCGCUCAUCAGCAAACUCAUCGCCGACUCGACAGGCCACACUUUGACCGUUCCCUUUGCAGGGUACUGUGCAUAUGCUGCCGCAACAGUGCAUGUUUGGGGGAUAUUCUCCAAGAACUCCGCGCUCGAGCAACAGAGCAAGGAGAAUUUAAGGCAUAACUACAAAUACCUCACCAGGAUGAAACGGUAUUGGGGCAUGUUUCAUUACAUGGCCGAGUCGGUGAAGGAUAUUUAUCGCGCUUUCGCCGACGCCACACUUCGUCACGCCCAGGCUCGACCAGGAUCGAAUGGAAUUCCUGGUUCUGGUGUGACCCUCUUGCGCAGACAUUCCUCCGCCACAGGAGGGAGCGGGACGCACACGCCGAUGGAGUUGGAUGCGACCGCGGCACUCACAGCCAACACGAACCCGCCUUCCCGCUCUGACACCCCUGCUGACCCUAACAAACCGAAAUCGGAACAAGACAAAUCUAAAACGAUGUUUCAAUACGGCGACUGGUUCGAUAAGUACCCUCACGGUGUCUCUGAAAGUGAAUGGGAAAAGUCGCAUCUGGAGUACCGUAGCGAACACGCCCAGGGCGGCGCGGAGGCAGUCAUGUCUCAGAGAAGUGAUUUACAGUCGGUCGAAGAGUUUUUCGCGAGUCUGAGUCCGCCCUCUAAAGCUGAUGACGGUAGUGGCUUGGCUGGACGAGGCAAGAAGAUUCCAAGGAGAAGGGGAAAAAGUGUGGCAGAGAACAAGAAGAUGGAUAAAGAAGAGAAGGGGGAAAAGGGGAAGGGCAACACAUCAUCAAGUUCUGCCGCGGCUGCUGCCGCUGGAGCUGGAGCUGGAGCUGGAGCUGGAAGCGGUGCUGGGAAGGAUUCGCAAAGACGGCAAUCGACGUCCCAACAACUGCCUGGACAGCGUCUCCCAACCACAAGUGCCGAUCUCAGCCUGAGCCUUAAUCUCAAUCAACCUUUCGAUCUUUCGAGCUUCGACAUAACAUCUCCAUCGCUGUACCAGAACGCCCAAUUCCCGGACCCUUACACCUACGGUGGCUCACCGACAUCGCCACACUACAACAACCUCCAUUUCAUAUCCACCUUGCCGGCCAUCGAUAGACAGAUGGUCUUUGGCGCCGCAUACGCCGGCAUGGACCCUGCCGGCACGGGCAAUAAUAGCGGCAACCAAAACACGUCCUCGGGACUCAACAAUCUCAACUCGCCUUCGGUGGGAAACUAUGGGAGUACCAAUCCUUGGGAUCAACUCGAUCUCACGACGUAUGGAUUUAACGAUCCUUUCGCAGGAGGAGGGACAGGGGGGAUGGACACGAGUUCCUCGGCAUGGUUGUUGCCGUUUAAUAUUGAACCACCGAAUUUCGGAGCCAGCGGGAUGGAGGAAUUUGGAAAUACCGCGUUGGAUGGGAUGGAUUUGAGUGAUCUUGGUCAAGGAGGAAGUGAUGUUGGCGGACAAUUUGGUGCAGAGCAAAAUUCGGGCAACACAUGA